ACAGUAUUGUACAGCAUCCGACGAGAAUAUCAAGAAUAUAUUUCUUCAGUCGCCGUCCAUACCGCGACAAAGCUGGGCAUCGAACCGGCCACUCGUCCGCACCUUUGUGUUUUAUCCAAACAUCGAACAUUUAUCGAUACCUCAAAUAACUCGUUUAAAUAAUAAAUAAAUUAAUAAAAAUCAAUCAAUUAAUUACACACAAAUAAAAUAUCAAUUUUCCUAAUUUAAAAUUCUAACAAAAUUUAAUUGAAAAAUAAAAAAAAAAUUAAUCAAUGAUUUUUAUUAAAUUUGUCUUUUAAAAAUUCAACAAAUUUACAGUCGACAAUUUUUGGCAAUCAAAUAACAAAUAUAAAUAAAAAAAAAAUAAAAUUGAUACAGCAAUCAGCGUAAAAACAAUAGUAAAAAAAAAAAAUAAAUAAAAACCUAGUGAACGAGUAAAUUUGUUGAAUUUUAUAAAAAAUAAUAGUGAUUUUUUAAAUGCAAUUGAUUAAAGUAUAUAAAGUUAAUUGUUGAAUGCAAUUAUCAAUUGAUUUACGUUGAUAAAAUAUUGCCAAGGAACGGAACGAAAAAAAAAAAAAGUAUUACAAUCAUCGGGUGUCAUUGCUGGUACAAUUGUUGUUGGACCAAGUGUCCAAAACGAAAUACAAACGGAAAAAACGAAAAAAAAAGAAGAACCAUAUUAUCGAAAUUAUUACAAAAAUUUGUGGACAAAAGCAGCAAACGAAAUUGGACACGGAUGCUCGCAAGACGUCGGAAGUGGGAUCACGUUGGAAGGCAAAAUAUUGACUGUUGUCAACAAAUUUUUAACAACAUCCCCUUUGGUUAACAAAGUCAAAUUACUCAUGACACGAAAAGACACAGACGGGGCAAGUGGUGGUGAUGAAGAACCAGUUGGUGAAUGUUCCUCGAGGCCGUCUAUGAGUAAUACUUCCUGGCCGGAUGUUCGUGACUCAUCAGUAUCAAAUAUAUCAAAUAAAAUGACAACAAAUUGUCAACAACAAUGUUUACAUGAUAUAGAUAUUGAUAACAAUGAUGAUAAUAAUAAACAACCAUUGUGCUUUCGUAAAAAAGUUAAUGAUUGCAUUGCUCAGAUUGGUGUGACAUGUGAAACAGGAUUAAGUACAUCAGUACAAUCAGUUGCAGGUACGUCAUCAUCAUCAUCUUCAUCAUCAAGACAGAAUAGAUUACCAACAAGUUUAUUAUUUGAAUUACCAGAUUCACGUAGAUGUUCAACAAGUGGAACUGACAACAAAAUGCCAGCUAUCAGUAAAGCUCAAAUGAAAGAAUUUGAAGAAGCUUUCAAUUUAUUUGAUAAAGAUAGAGAUGGCAGCAUUACUAAAGACGAACUUGGUAGAGUAAUGCGUGGUCUGGGACAAUUUGCAAGAACAGAAGAGCUCAAUACUAUGCUGGAGGAAAUAGAUACUGACGGUGAUGGAAAUGUCAGUUUAGUUGAAUUUGUAAAAAUUGUCAGUAAUAUUGGAAAUGCAAGUGCAGCACAGACAACUGAUCUCAGCCAAGAAGAACAAGAAGAGCAAGAACUUCGAGAUGCUUUUAGGGUUUUUGAUAAACAUAAUCGUGGCUACAUAACAGCAUCUGAUCUUCGAGCUGUUCUCCAGUGUCUUGGGGAAGAUUUAUCUGAAGAAGAAAUUGAGGACAUGAUCAAAGAAGUCGAUGAAGAUGGAGAUGGUCGAAUUGAUUUUUACGAAUUUGCACGGUCACUUGUGGAGCCAGGUAACGAUGACGAUGAAGAGGAGGAUGAAGAAGAACCACCACAAUCACCACCCUUUUAGAAAUACAACUCAACACCAAAGUCUACAUCUUAAUAAAAUAUAUUAACUAAUUCUGCUACUCAAGCUACAUAAAUAUAAAAAAAAAUUAUUUAAUUAUUUAAUUAUUUAUUAAUAUAACUCAAAAAAAUUUCUGAAUGAUAAUUAAAAUUAAAUAACAAAUAUAUAUUUAACAAAAAUUAAUUAUAUCUUUAUCAAAUUUCAAUAAAUAUAUACAUAAGUUUUGAAAAUUAUGGAAUUGAUUUUCAAUAUUAAUGUUUAUUACAAAUCAAAAAAAAAUAUAUCAAAUUUAAUUCAUUAAUCAUUAUUAAUGUCAAUAUUAAUUGUUAAUAAUGUUUACUGUAUUUUCAACGAUGUAAUUAUUAAUUGUGUAUAUGUGUAAUGUUACAAUUUAUAAAUGAACUUUCUUUUUGAAAUUUUAUCAAAUUGUUUCUGUAAUAAUUGACAUAGCUUGAAAAAAAAAUAAUUUUCAAAAAUCAUAAUAAUAUAUAAUAGAAAAAUGAUAGACAAAAAAAAAUUCAAUUAUUUUCAUUUAAAUAAUCAGCGUUUUACAAUCAAAUAUCAAUUCAGUCAUGAACAUACAAUUUUUUAUUACAUUUUAUUUUUAUUUAUUUUACAAUAAAUUAAUGAUUGAAAUUUUUUUUUUUUUUUCUAUUUAUUGAACAUGUAUUUUCAUGACUGAAUAAACACUCAAAAAUAAAUUUACAAAAAUUGACAUAUCUGCAAUUGAUUGCAUAGAUUAAAAAAAAAAAUAUUUCCAAUUCAAUUUUACCAAUAAUUAAAAAUUGUUUAUAUCAAUGCGCUCAUUAUAUUUUUUUUGAUUAAUAUGAAUAGAAAAUUAUUUGUUUUCUUUUUUUCCAUAACAUCCAUUUAAGUAUUAUGAAAAUAAUAAUAUUAAUGCUACGAAGUUAACUCAGGUCUUAUUUAUUUCUCCAAAUAUAAAAAUAAUAAUUAUUAAAAUUAAUUUGUCAAUAAUAUAUAUCAUAGUAAAAAUUAAUUUAUUGUUAAAUGUAUUGUGUAAAAAUUUGCUUAUUUAAAAAAAUGAAAAUUCAAAUUUACAAAUAAUAUAUUGAUGCAAUUUUAACGAGUAAAGAGUGAACUCUGGAGGGUAUUUGUGUGAACUUCUCUCCAUUGCAGAUAAAAAAAAUUUAAUGUUACAAAUGUACCUAUCGCAGUCGGUAUUAGCCUGUUUAUCGAUAUAUUUUCAUUAUAAAAAUUAUAUUAAUUAAUUGUAAUUUAUAACUCUGAGAAAGUAAUUUUCAAUCCAAUAAAAUAUAUCAACGAAAAAUCAUUCAAAAAUACAUGUAAUUUUAACUCAUUGCUUAUCUUUUUGAAAUAUUAUUAUCAAAUCUUCAAUUGAAAAAUAAAAUUAACUAAUUAAUUGUAUUAAAAAUUAAAAAAAAAUUAUUAUUAAUAACAAAGACUAUUGUGCAGUGUUGAAAAAUUCAAAUAAAUCAAAUUAUAAAAA